UCCCUCCCUCCUGUCACCACAGGCUGCUUUGCUACUGAACAACCUUCUUAGCCAUCACUGGGACAGAGCAGCUGGCUCUGGGUCCGGACGGUGGCUUGUCCGCCCUCCUCUUCGGCUGCUCUUCCUCCUCUGCUCUUCCUCCUCUGCCCUUCCUCCUGCCUUCUCUCCUCAUCCUUUCCUCUCUGCCUUCAUCUCCUUCUCUUCCCCUUCUCUCCCCCCACCCCUUCUCCACUUCUCUUCUCUCUCUCUCUCCUCUUCCUCUAGACUCUGUCUGGCCUCUGGUCCCUCAGCAUGGAUUCUGGGACUCGGGGACCCUCAGGGCCUCUGGAGUCUGGGGGAAAGCCACCAAACUGGCAGGAAGCCAAGACUUUCUAUGACAGCCUGGCACCAAAAAAGAAGCCCAAAUCGCCAAAGCCUCAGAAUGCCAUUACCAUCGCCGUGUCAUCCAGGGCCCUCUUCCGAAUGGAGGAGGAACAGCGCAUCUACAAGGAGAAGGGGGUAGAGGAGUAUGUUCGGUACCAGCUCGAGCAUGAAAAUGAACCACUCAACCCAGGGCCUGCUUUCCCCUUUGUGAGGGCCCUGGAGGCUGUGAACAGCCGACUUCGGGAACUGUAUCCUGAUAGCGAGGACCUCUUUGACAUUGUCCUCAUGACCAACAACCAUGCUCAGGUUGGGGUCCGGCUUAUCAACAGCAUCAACCACUACAACCUGUUCAUUGAGAGAUUCUGCAUGACCGGGGGAAAUAGCCCCAUCUGCUACCUGAAAGCUUACCACACCAACCUUUACCUGUCCUCUGAUGCAGAGAAAGUGAGUGAAGCCAUUGGAGAGGGGAUUGCAGCUGCCACCAUCUUCAGCCCCAGCAAGGAUGUGGCAGUGCCCCAGAGCCAGCUUCGGGUGGCAUUUGAUGGGGAUGCUGUGCUCUUCUCUGAUGAGUCCGAGCAGAUUGUGAAAGCCCAUGGGCUUGACAUGUUCUUCGAACACGAGAAGACAUAUGAGAACAAGCCCCUGGCUCAGGGCCCCCUGAAGGGUUUCUUGGAGGCGCUGGGCAGACUGCAGAAGAAGUUUUACUCCAAGGGCCUGAGGCUGGAAUGCCCGAUCCGCACCUACUUGGUGACCGCCCGCAGUGCUGCAAGCUCAGGGGCCCGUGCCCUGAAGACUCUGCGCAGCUGGGGUCUGGAGACAGAUGAGGCCCUGUUCCUGGCUGGGGCACCCAAAGGCCCCCUGCUUGAAAAGAUCCGCCCACACAUCUUCUUUGAUGACCAGAUGUUUCAUGUGGCCGGGGCACAGGAGAUGGGUACUGUGGCUGCCCACGUCCCCUAUGGGGUGGCCCAGGCACCUCGGCGGACAGCGCCCGAGAGGCAGGCUCCCCCAGCAGCCCAGUAGUCAUCCUGCCCCUUCCAGCAGUGGGGUCUUCUGAAAAGGGCCGAGUGUAGGGAAAGGCACUGGCCUCCAAAGACGGCUGUGACCUCUUCUCUGUGCCUCAGAUUUCCUGUCUGUAAAAUGGAGUCAAUGACUGACCCUGCCUCACAGGGUCAUUGUGAGGAAAGCUCUUUGUAUAGUAUCAGAAUGGGAAUUUCCAUCGUUGUUAUUGACAUUCAGAGCUGCCCAGCUCCGCUCACCCAGCCCUCACGGUGCCAUCUUGUACACAGGGAUCCCAGGCUCUGGGCACAGGGUCACCACCUGUCACCCCCAUCCCACAGUGCCUGUCUCAUUCCUCAGGCGUCCCCUCGCCAACUCCCCUGCUAUGCACAUCUAACUCACGUGUCUGUUCUGGGCAGGAAGCCAGAAUGAGAAUAAAGACCUGGGCUGUUCCCGGCCGGGCAGAAGGCAGGGCCAAUUCUGGAUGCAAAAGGAUUUGACCUAAGGAGAGGGACUGUCUCAGCUGGAUCCCAUUGAAUAGUAAAUGGAAUCAGAGAGAGGAGGGGUAAGAGGGAGGCCUGGCAGCGUCUCUCCCUAGAAUGAGCUUGGGAUCUGGGAUCCAAGAACCGGGGUUAGAAUCUGGGUUCUGCCACUUAUGACCUGCUUGACCUUGACAGAGUCAUUUCCCCUUCUCUGCCUUUGGUUUCUUCAUUCAUAAAAUGAGAGGGAUGGGAGGGCUCAGGGGCAGGUGGAAGAUUUCCCUGGGUCAUAGGCUCUUCCAGAUACAAGGUGUCUGAGAGAUCAUCCACUCCUACCUUCUCAUUUAACACUUGAGGACACCGAGUCCCCGAGAGUGACUUGUUCACAGUCACUCACCAGGGAAGUGGUGGAGCCAGAAUUUCAACCCAGGUCCUCAGGUUGCAAAUCCACAGUCCUCUCCAUUUUACUUAGAAAUCAACUGUUCCCCCAUAAGACAGUGCUCAGACCACUUUUAGUCCACAUCAAUUUUUCUCCCAGUUUGCAAAAUUUUUGUUAUCAAAGGAUAUUCUUAAAAUCUCUAAGGUUUAAAAAAACCAAACACAAUUCCCCCUUCUCUUCUCAUCAUCCCAAUCUUCUCAUUUCUAACUCCCUACUUCCCAAAUCUCAAUAGUAGGGUUGUUGUUUGUUCUUCAAAGAGGAUCAUGACAUCAAGGUGAUGUCAUGACUUGCAGUGAAUUGGAUUUAAGUGAGGGAGCUCUAGGCGAGGUCACUUUCUCCUC